AUGCAAUCCGUCCUCGUCCUCGCGGCCAUCGUGCCCGCCGCCCUCGCGCAAACCUACUACGGCUGCUACACCGAGAUCCCCACCCGGGCGCUCACCGGGGCCGUCCCCCUCAUCGACUAUGAGGCCAUGACUCUCGCCGACUGCGAGGCCCACUGUACGGGCUUUGACCUCUGGGGUCUGGAGUACGGCGGCGAGUGCUACUGCGGCAACUCCCUCGCGCAAGGCUCCUUCCCCGCCUUUUCCACCGACUGCACGAUGCCCUGCCCGGGCGACGCGACGCUGACCUCGGUCUGCGGCGGUCCCAACCGGCUCUCUUUGUACGGAACCUCCGAGACGGCGCCCGAAUCCCUCCCUUACCCUCACGACCCGCCCGUGACCACGACCCAGUACGAGGGGUGCUACACGGAGGUGACGGAGGGGGCGCGGGCGCUGGCGGGGGCGAGCGGGUUCUCGCUGACGGAUAUGACGGUGGGUGGUUGCGGUGGGUAUUGCAGGGAUAGUGGGUUUACGUGGUUUGGGCUGGAGUAUAGUGCCGAGUGUUACUGCGGAAGUGAGUUGAGUGUGAACAGCACGUUGGCGGCCGAGGAGGAUUGUGCGAUGCCCUGCUCCGGGGCGGCGGGUGAGGUGUGCGGUGGGUCGAACCGGUUGAGUGUGUACCAGUGGGUGUGA